AAAUUUGCUGCCUGCCAGAUUAAGCUUGAGCUAGCAAGCCAUGGCGACGAGGCUGCAGCUGCUGUUCUUGGCCCAGCUGCUCUGUCUCUGCAGCUCCUCCGCCGACGCCGCGGCGGCGCUGGGGCCGACGACGACGAACAGCAGCCGCAGGAAGGCGGUGGAUCGGCUGCCCGGAUAUGCCGGCACGCUCCCGUUCUCGCUGGAAACAGGGUACGUGGCGGUGGGGGAGGCGCGAUUCUUCUACUACUUCGUGGAGUCGGAGCGGAGCCCGGAGGAGGACCCCCUCCUUCUCUGGCUGACCGGUGGGCCCGGAUGCUCUGCCUUCUCCGGCCUCGUCUACGAGAUUGGCCCUCUGUAUUUUGAUUUUCACGGCUACAAAGGAGGAUUGCCUAAUUUGCUGUAUAAGGCAGACUCCUGGACCAAAAUAAGCAAUGUGAUCUUCGUGGAUUCUCCACCAGGGACUGGCUUCUCAUACGCCACAACAGCCCAAGGCCUCAAGUCUAGCGACACCACUGUUGUUCAUCAGCUCUACACUUUCGUCCAGAAGUGGUUAGAUGAUCACCCACAAUUCUCCUCCAAUCCACUCUAUAUUUCGGGUGAUUCAUAUAGUGGUAUAAUUAUACCUACUCUCGCCAUGGAAAUCGCUAAGGGAAUAGAAUCCAGUGACAAGCGGCAUCUUAAUCUCAAGGGUUACAUUGCUGGCAAUCCAUUGACUGACCCUGCACAUGAUGCCAACAGUAGAUUUCCAUACCUUCAUAGGAUGGGAAUUAUAGACGAUGAACUCUAUGAGGGUGCUCGGAAGAAUUGCAAGGGAGAUUACAUCAACCCUUCAAACACUCAGUGUGCCAACUCAGUCCAAGCCCUCUGGGAUUGCAUAAGUGAAAUGAAUGAUGUACACAUCUUGGAGCCACGCUGCGAAGAAGAUCGGAGCCCCAUCCUUAACAACAUUGAUUCCCAUGAUAGAAGGGCAAGGCUCCUUGAGUCUGCAGUUUCGUCCAUUUGUAGGAAUGCAACAUAUGUUCUGUCCAAAAUAUGGGCCAAUGAGGAAACUGUCAAGGAGAGCUUGGGUGUUCACAAGGGGACAGUGGCAACAUGGAAAAGAUGUAACUAUGAGGUACCUUACACAAUGGACAUCCACAGUGCAGUGGAGUAUCAUCUAAGCUUAAUCACCAAAGGAUACCGAGGCCUUGUAUACAGUGGUGACCAUGACAGUAAAAUAUCUUUUGUUGGAACUGAAGGAUGGAUUAGGUCUCUUAACCUGUCCAUCACAGAUAAUUGGCGACCAUGGUAUUUCAACAGCCAAGUUGUAGGAUUCACAAAAACUUACUCCAAUAACUUGACAUACGCAACAGUGAAGGGUGCUGGGCACACAGCUCCGGAGUACAUGCCAAAGGAGUGUCUUGCUAUGGUUGAUAGAUGGCUUUCUGGGCAACCUCUUUGACUAUUUAAUUAGUAGGAAGACCACAAAUUAAGCACAUUCAUAUAUACAUCUGUUCUGUUAUCAUUUUCUCAAAUGGUGUGGUAAUUCCUACGGACGAGUGCACAUUUAAUAUUUCAUAUCUAAGUCUGUAAGGUAUCAUAAGGCUGUUGUUUGUUCUGUGGAAAUAAACUAGUUCAUCGCUACCAAGGUUGGUACGAUGAACACUUCAAUGUUCCUAGAUAGGUCACGACGCGAGGUAACACCAAUUACAAUUUUAUAGUUAACAAGCUUGU